ACCCUACGUCACGUGGAUCCAGCUUCCGGUUAAGGAGAAAUUGAUACAUGACACAGUUGUUUGGAGGAAAAUCUCCUUCACUUCUUUUUGGGGGGGGGAAAACACAGUUUUCGCAAGCGAAGCUACCGACGUGGGUUCUGACAUCGUAACGGCCGACACGGGCCGCGAUGGAGGCGGUUCCCCGCAUGCCGAUGAUCUGGCUGGAUCUGAAGGAGGCUGGAGAGUUCCCGUUCAGCCCGGCCGUCAGGCAGUUCAUCUUGAAGAAUUAUGGAGAGAAUCCAGACAACUAUAAUGAGCAGCUGAAGAAACUGGAGACACUGCGGCAGAGUGCGGUGAAUGUGACCAGAGACUUUGAGGGAUGCAGCACGCUGAGGAAGUACUUCGGCCAGCUGCAUUACGUCCAGAGCCGAGUGCCCAUGGGAACGGGCCAGGAGGCUGCCGUACCCAUCUCAUGGACAGAGAUUUUCUCUGGAAAGACAGUCACGCACGACGACAUCAGCUACGAGCAGGCCUGCAUCCUCUACAAUCUCGGGGCCUUGCACUCCAUGUUGGGAGCCAUGGAUAACCGGGUAUCCGAGGAGGGGAUGAAGGUGUCGUGUACGCACUUCCAGUGCUCGGCCGGGGCGUUCUCCUACCUGAGAGACCAUUUCAGCCACAACUUCAGCGUGGACAUGAGCCACCAGAUCCUUAACCUCAACAUCAACCUCAUGCUGGGACAAGCUCAGGAGUGUCUCCUGGAGAAGUCCAUGUUGGACAACAGGAAGAGUUUCCUGGUCGCUCGCAUUAGUGCUCAGGUGGUGGAUUACUACAAAGAGGCCUGCAGGGCGCUGGAGAACUCGGAGACGGCGUCUAUGCUGGGAAAGAUUCAGAAAGACUGGAAGAAACUGGUCCAGAUGAAGAUCUACUACUUUGCUUCUAUUGCACAUCUGCACAUGGGGAAACAGGCCGAGGAGCAGCAGAAGUACGGCGAGCGGUUGGCGUAUCUGCAGAGCUCCCUGGACAAACUCACUGAAGCCAUCAAGCUGGCGAAGGGACAGCCCGACAGCGUGCAGGACGCCUUGAGGUUCACCAUGGACGUCAUCGGGGGAAAAUUUAAUUCAGCCAAAAAGGACAACGACUUUGUCUAUCACGAGACUGUUCCUUCUCUGGAGACUCUGGCCUCGGUCAAAGGUGCCCCGCUGGUGAAAGCUCUGCCGGUCAACCCCACAGACCCCAGUGUUACUGGUCCAGACCUGUUUGCCAAGUUGGUGCCAAUGGCCGCCCACGAAGCCUCUUCGCUGUACAGUGAGGAGAAGGCCAAGCUGCUGAGGGACAUCAUGAUCAAGAUUGACAGCAAGAACGAAACCCUGGAGCAGUUCAUGGACUCUCUGGGUUUGGAGCCCGAGUCGGUGGACAAUCUGGACAUGUACAGCCACAUCCCUCCGGUCCUGAUGGAGAAGUGUGCCGCUCUCAGUGUCCGACCCGACACCGUCAAGAGCCUCGUCCAGUCCAUGCAGGGGCUCUCGGGCGUCUUCACCGACGUGGAGUCUUCGCUCAAGGAGAUAAGAGACGUCCUGGAGGAGGACGAGGCGGGCAGGCGGGCCCUGCAGCAGGCGGGCGGCCCCCCUGCGGGCGACGUGCACCCCGCGGCGCAGGCCCAGGCUCUGGCUGAGAUCCACAGGGACCUGGAGAAGUACAUGGAGGCGCACGAGAAAGCCAGUUUCACCAACACGGAGCUCCACCGGGCCAUGAACCUGCACAUCAGCAACCUGCGUCUGCUCGGGGGGCCCCUGGAACGCCUGAAAGAGGCCCUGCCCCGGCCCCAGCUCAGCGAAGAUGAAGUGGCAGGCCUGCAGUGCAUGAAGCGGAUCCUGGGGAAAGUUCAGGAAAUGAGGGAACAGAGAAACUCUUUGGAGAAACAACUGCGCGACCUCAUCCAGCAAGAUGACAUCACCUCCACCCUGGUCACCACAGAAAGGGCCGACAUGAAGCGUACAUUUGAGGAGCAGCUGAAGAAGUACGAGCAGGUAAAGGUGUACAUUGAGCAGAACCUGGCGGCUCAGGAGAACAUCCUGAAGGCCCUGACGGAGGCCAACGUCCAGUACGCCUCGGUCCGUAAGGGCCUGAGCCAGACGGAGCAGCAGUGGAACGCCACCGUGCACGGACUGGUGGGCUCCUACGAAGCCUACGAGGACCUGAUGAAGAAGUCCCAAGAGGGGAAGGAGUUCUACGAUGACCUGGAGGCCAAAGCUUCACGGCUGCUGGAGAGAGCCAAGACCCUCUGCGAGACCAGGGCUGAGGACAGGAAGCCCGCCUUUGAAAAAGAGAGCCAGAAGAGGCCCCCAGCCCGACCCACGGCAGCAAAGCCCACCCUCAUGCCGAAGGCUUCGGAUGGCGACUCGGCCUGCUCCAGCCUGGAUGACCCGGAGCUGGCCCAGCUUAGUGCGGCCAUCUUGGCCCUGGGGGGGGACCUACCCGAGGAGCUGCGCAGCCUCCCGCCUGACAUGUCCUCUUUCCCCACCUCCGCGGCUCAUCUUGCGGGCCCCGAAGCCUUCCUCCCCGCUAUGCACAAACCGGGCGGCAGCAGCUCUGUGCCCUGGCCCGGUGCUCCGGCCGCCGGUCUCGCCCGCUUCCCCCCCCACCUGCCCCCCCCAGAGCUGCUGGCGCGGAUCGCUCAGUUUCCUUCUCACGGACCUCUGCCUCGAGGACCCCUCCCUCAGAUGACGGCGCAGAUGCUUCCGCAAAUGCCAAGCCAUGCGGCCGCGUCGGGUUAUCGUCCGGCCCACGCUCAAGCCCCCCAACCCGUCCUCGUAGCCCCGACCCCGGUCCGGCCCCCUACCUCCACCGUGGAUAGCAAUCAGGUCCCUAUGCCCAGCUACGCCCCUGCGCCGCAGCACCACUCUGUCCCCCCAGCUUCAACUGGCUACACUCUGCCCCCACAGAUGGGGACCUACCCCCAGUUUAUGCCCCGACCAGGACCACCACCACCCCCCCAAACGCAGCUGCAGAAACAGCCGUACCCUCAGCCCAUGGGGCAUCCGCCGCCUCAGGGCUACCAGCACGGGCCGACGGCUAUUCCUGGCCCCCACCCUCAUCUCCAGGCCCAGCAAGGCUACCUUCAUGGUUAUAUGCCCCCGCAGCACGCCGUGCCUCCCCACUACCAGCAGGGGUUCCCGGGUCACGUGCAGCCGCAUCAACACAAUGGCUAUCAGCCGCAGCAUCAGCUGCCCCAAGGGUACCAAACUCCACCGGGCUACGUACCCCAGCAUCACCCCCACAUGAUGCCAGGCUCCAUGCAAAGGCCCCCCCCGGGCCAGAUACCACCUCAGCCUGCGCAUCCACACGUACCCCCGACUUCUCAGCCAGCACCUCCUGUGUCUCAGCCCUACCUGCCCCAUCCCCACCAGCAGAUGCCCCAUGGACCCCCUCACCAGCAGCAACACAUGCCCCAUGGUGCCCAGCAGAUGCAGAUGCCGGGGGGUCUCAGAGCACAAAUGCCCGCCCCAACUCAGCCAAUGCCCCCAGUGUCGCAGACCUACAUGCCCCCCUCGAGUCAGCCCCUUCACCCCACCACCCAGCGGCCUCAGGUGCCUCCAGCCUCACAAGCUCACAUGGCCCCCGACCCUCAGGUCUAUCUGCCCAGGGGCCCCAUGCCACAGAUGCCUCCCGGUGCACCGCCCCAUCAGCAUCACCCCCACCCCGGACAGCCUCCUUUACCAAACAUGCCCCAGCAGCCCAUGCAGAUGCCCGGCCAGCCCCAAACUCACCCUCCUCAUUCCGGGGGGGUGUGCUACCCUGGGGGGGCUCCGAUGAUGCCCCAACAGCCUCUGGCUGCGCAGCCUGCGGCUCCUCUCCCCAUCACCCACCCGCAGCCCCCCGCUAUGUACCCUUCUGCUCCAGGAGCUGCGGCGCCUCCAGGUGCUCCGCAGCAACCUGCCCCCAUGGGCCCACGCGGCGCACACGCCCCCCCCACCCAGCAUAUGAUCCAACCCGCUGUUGCCGGUCCUUCUGCGGUUCAACAGCCCACCGCUGUCCCUCCUCCCCCCUCGCCUUCCCCCUCGCCGUCCCCCUCUCCGGGACCCACCUCUCUGAGUCUGAACCCCCAGCAGAGAACCACGGCGGCCCCCACCCCAGGAGGCGCGGCUCCACCCGCUCUUCCCACCCCCUCUGCCGUCUCUCCCUCCACGUCGCUGUUCCAGCGGCAGAACUCGAGCACAGACGACCUCCUCUCCUCAAGCCCAGAGAGCCAACCAGGAGGCCCCAAGGCUCCCACCAAUGUCCUCCAGCCCACCAAAGCCGACCCGCAGGAUGGGGAGCGUCGCAAGAAGAACUCCCAGGGUGUUCUGCUGAUCCAGGGUGACCCGUACCAGGCGCCGGAGCGCGUCACUCGCCUUCACGGCCAGCUGGAGCGCUUCAGAGCCCAGGUGGAUUCUCUGGAGCUCCCCACGGAGAGCGAGGGCGGCCUCUCGGUGCUGGACGCCCGCUGGAAAGAGCUGCAGGACCAGCAGGAGAAGGACGCCCGGCAGCUGUCCAUCGCCAUCGCCCGCUGCUACACCAUGAAGAACCGCCACCAGGACGUCAUGCCGUACGACCUCAACCGCGUGGUGCUGCAAUCGGGCAAAGACGACUACAUCAACUCCAGCUACGUGGAAGACCUGUCGCCGUACUGCCCGCGCCUCAUCGCCACGCAGGCGCCGCUCUCCGGCACGGCGGCGGACUUCUGGCUGAUGGUGUUUGAGCAGAAGGUGUCGCUGAUAGUCAUGCUGGUUUCAGAGCAGGAGCUGGAUAAGGGAAAGGUCGUGCGCUACUUCCCGACGGAGCGCGGCCAGCAGGUCGCCCAGGGGCCGAUCACGCUCAGCCUCACCACGCAGAAGAUGACGCCGACGCACGUGGAGCGCAUGAUCAGCCUGCAGUACCGCGACCAGAGCCUGAAGCGCACCGUCGUCCACCUGCAGUUCACCUCGUGGCCGGAGCUGGGUCUUCCUGACAGCAAGAGCAACCUGCUGCGAUUCAUCCAGGAGGUUCAUGGACACUACCUCCACCAGCGGCCCUUACACACACCUGUCGUGGUGCACUGCAGCUCGGGCGUGGGACGCACCGGCGUCUUCUGCCUGCUGUACGCCGCGCUGCAGGAGCUGGAGGCGGGAAACGGGAUCCCGGACCUUCCCCUGCUGGUGAAGAAGAUGAGACAACAGAGGAAGAACAUGCUGCAGGAGAAGCUCCACCUGAAGUUCUGCUAUGAGGCCGUGUUGAAGCACGCUGAGCAGGUCCUCCAGAGACACGGCAUCACCACGGCAACCUGCAGCAGGAACACCAGCUCUGCAGCCUCAAAGCCUUACUCGAGACAGGAGUCUCAGCAGGACAUCGUCCUCGGCGGGGACAUGCCCAUCAGCUCCAUCCAAGCCACCAUCGCCAAGCUCAGCAUCCGGCCCCCCAGCGCCACAGACCCCGCCAUGGAGGCCCCGUGCGGCCUCGAGGGCCAGGUCGGCGCCAUCCCGCCCGGCCUCGACUCCCUGGCCGACGUCCAGGCGCCCCAGGACCGCUUUCCCCCCACGUACCCCCGACCGCCCUCCUCCUUCAGCCCGCCUCUCGUCUCUCCGACCAACUCUCCGCCGCCGCCGCCUAACGGCCUCGACGGCGCCUCCCCGUCCACGCCCGGCUCCAGCCCGCCUCCGGCCCCCUCGGCGCCGGCUCCUUCGUCCCUGGAGCUGCUGGCCGCGCUGACGCCUGAGGCCUUCUCCAUGGAGGGAGGGGGCAAGGGCCGGCAGCGGGUGACCAAGCAGAGCUUCCUGGCGCCGACGGAGGGCCGGGGCCUCCACGGGACACGAGGAGAGGAAGGCGGCGGCAAUGACGACGACCCGCUCAGCAGCCUGGACCCGCUCUGGAGCCUCGGCAAGCGCUGAGCCCUCACUUCACCCCCCAGGCGUCCGAGAAGCCCCGUAGCGCUUUCUAAUCCUGCUCUUAACAAGAAAAACCCCCGCUGAGGCCCGACAUUGUGAGACAUUUUAGCCGUGUUGAUUACCAAGACGUGCCUGGUGGCAGACGGUAGGGGUUCAGAUUUGAGGGUUGCUUUAGGGAG